AUGGAUAUGAACACGACGAAUGGGCACGAAGACGGCGCUCCCACGUACAUCAAGACUUUGGUGGAUCAAGAUGGACAAGUAGUACGACGCCAAGGCCACUUGCUGUCCCUGAUGGGAUUCACCCAACAACAGAGAAGCAGUAGAGAUGAGCGUUACAUUGACACCAAGUUCAUGGACAUUACCGUCAGUGCUUUCUUGGCAUGGAAGGACUUGGAGGAGAGACGAGGUCACAUUCUGCCACACCUGCCAUCCUUGCUGCAAGGCUGCAACUUUCACUGGACGCUGGAGAUUAGAGACCCACAGUUCUCCCGAGCCCAAGCCGUAAGACAAGCAUUGGCAGCUACAUUGCUGCAUCGUAGAUAUCAUCAAGAUCAGCAACACCCCUUUGCCGUGGUGGGACCCUUGUUUUCCUCCGUGACAGAAACUGCCAAUGCCUUGCUGGCGGGGGGCAUGGGAGUGGCGCAAAUCAGUGGAGAAGCAAACAGUGCCGCUCUCAACGGAGCUCCAUUGUUUUCAAGAACUGUCCCAAACAGUCAUGUUCAGGCACAAGCAAUGACGGCCUACCUCAAAAGACAGAACAUUACAAGAGUGGCUAAUCUGUACUAUGUCGAUGAUACAUUUGGCAUUGAAUUCAAUGCGGAUCUGCAAGAAAUGGCCAAGCAACAUGACAUCAAGGUACUGCGCUUUGCCAUGCAACGACACAAGACGCUCGAGACGCUGCGCAAGCUCAAAGCAUCCGACGUACGAUACGUCGUGGCCGUAUUGGAGGAUACAGACUACAAGGAUGUAGCUCGCAUAGCCUACCGACAAGAUGUAAUGGGGCAUCCCGACUAUGCAUGGUUCUUGCUCGGAUUUUCCGACAUGGCUCAUCGACAAUUUGCCGUUCCCACCAAUGAUCCAGACUUGGCCAAGGCACUUCAUGGAGUGGGAGUCGUUCAUCUACAUCUCGACCAACAUACCGCCUUCAACGUGGCACUCCAUCAAUUUGCAAACUCCAAACCACUCCAACAAUCCAUGAUUUCCAGGAUCAAGACCGGCAAUACCAAUGAUGAGUCAUCAUCGCAUGCGCAGGCAAUGUUCCAAAACUAUACCUUUGGAACCACAAAUCUACUGCAACAGUUCCAGUAUUACACAUACGAUGCCGUCAUUGCUCUCGGUCUUGCAGCGUGCCAAACUCCCGGAAACUUUACCGGCCAACAAUUGCAUGAAUCGCUGCUCCAACUAGAGUUUCAAGGAGUUUCGGGACUUGUCAGCUUUGACCCCACGACAGGAACACGAUCCUCCAACUCUACCAUGAUUCACGUCACCAAUAUUCUGCUCUCCGAGAAGCGGUCUACAGCCGCACAGUUUCAAUACGAGUCACAUCUCGUGGCCACCAUUACAGGAGACCAAGUUACGCAGCAAUCAUCAUUAUUUGUCUACAGCAGCAACUCCACAAUUGCUCCACAGGUAUUUCCCACCAUGACAAACCACAACUACAAUCUGAUACCACUCGGUCUACAGAUUCUUGGUCUUGUCUUGGGAGCAAUCGUGAUCCUUCUCUCCACGGUAUUCUUUGCAUGGACUGUGCGCAAUCGAAACAAGUUCGUGGUGACUUGCUCCCAGCCAAUCUUCCUCUUGCAGCUCUGCAGUGGGACCAUUGUCAUGGCUCUAGCCAUUGUCCCACUGAGCUUUCAAGGAGAGGAAUCUUCACCUCGGUUGAACAUGGCCUGCAUGAGUGUUCCAUGGCUCUUCUUUCUGGGUUUUGCCACUGCCAUCGCUGCAAUCUUGAGUAAAACCUGGAGGCUGGAGCAAAUCAUGAACGGAGCCACGACGUUUCGACGAGUCACGGUGGAACCUCUGGAUGUGGCCAAACCCUUUGCCAUACUCAUCAUUUGGAAUGCAACCAUGCUCACUGCCUGGACAAUCCUUGCUCCCAUCGAGUAUGAGCGCAUCUCAGUGAACAACUAUGACAUGUUUGGUCGCAACAUUGAAUCGUAUGGGGCUUGCCGGUCCACCCACCAAGAGCUCUCCUGGUUGUUUUCGGCCUUGAUCAUGGCGGCUGACGUACUCAUUGUCCUUUUCACCUGCCACAAGUGCUACAAAGUCAGGCACAAGUCUACAUACUACGUCGAUACGAGUUCGCUGGGUUGGUCUGCAGCCAGUUUGUUGGAAACUGCCAUUGUUUUUGGACCAUUUCUUAUAGCGGCACGCGACAACCCGUCCGCAGACUUUAUGGCCACUUCGAGUGUGAUUGUCAUUACCUGUCUGUCCUUCCUCCUACCCAUAUUUCUUCCCAAAGUCUACAGACAAAACGCUCAAUACGGUGACGCCCAGCAAGACGAACGCAACAAGAAAGACUUGGCUCAUUGGCUCGCCACUAUGCAAGAAGAGGGUGGUGGCUGUGACUUGGAAUCGGUCUCUAGUAGACGAGGCAGAAUGACCAUCGUACGGCUAGACUCUGGUGCCGACGGCGUCAGCUCUGGCGCAAGUCUGGGGUCAGAGUCCUACCGAUCUCAAAAAUCACAGAGGCACCAGAAAAAGGUGGUCAUGGGGCCAACCUUCAUGCGAGAAUGGACUCCACAGGCAGCUUGA